AUCGGCUUCUUUUGUGCUUCCUGUUUCCACAGGCAUUCGAAAAGACGUCACUUUGAUUAAUGAACUCCGUACGAUACACAUAGGUCGCAGGCACCGAAUUCUUGCGUACAUACAUCUUCCGACGUGAAACAUUAACACACAGCUUAUUGUUCGACUCGCCUUUUGACGGCCAACGAACAAAAAAAAAAAAAAAAAGAAACCAAGAGUGUGUCAGCAAAGCUAUAAUAUUACCUUACCCACCUAGAGCAAUAGCACCAUGACGUCAACUCUACUUUUUGGCGGCACGGGUGCCGUCGGCUCGCAUAUUCUCUCGACCCUGCUCGGCGACAGCGCCGUCACCGCGGUGCACACCAUCUCGCGGCGCGCGCCCAAGUCCACCGGGCCGACCCUGCAGGCCACCGUCGAGGCCGACACCACCCAGUGGGCCGCCAGGCUCAAGGCCAUCCAGCCGGUCCCGUCCACCGUCUUCUCGUCGCUCGGCACGACGCGCGCCCAGGCGGGCGGCAUCGCAAACCAGUGGAAGAUCGACCACGACCUGAACGUGGAGCUGGCGCGGGCCGCCAAGGAGGCCGGCGUGCGCCGCUUCGUGUUCGUGUCGAGCGCGGGGACGGGAGGGCUGGUCGCCCGCAUGCUGCCGUACAGCAAGAUGAAGAGGGGCGUCGAGAGCACGAUCAGGGAGCUCGGGUUCGAGACAGCCAUCAUCCUCCGGCCGGGGCUCAUCAUUGCCGACCGGGAGGUGCCGCAUCAGGGAGGACCGCUCCUGGUCGGCGCGGCGCGGGCGUUGGGGCGGUGGUUCGGACCGAGCAAGGGGUAUGACUGGUGGGCGCAGGAGAGCGAGGUCAUCGCGAGGGCUGCCGUGCACGCUGCAAAGAUUGCGGAGGAAGGCAAGGCGCCCGAGAAGGUCUGGGUGCUGGAGCAGAGCGACAUUGUCAGGCUGGGGCGGACCGAGUGGAAGAAUUAGUGGAGACCGCGAAAGACAACCGGGGGGGGGAGAGUAGUGAGAAGAGAGGUUCGACGCUUAGGUUCGACGGGGACGUUAAUGCAGUGCUUGGUGGAUGUAUGUAUGUAUGUACCUACAUAUUCUCAUAGUACAGUACAAUUCAGUACUGAUAAUAGCAGGGGAACGCCAUGGGCGGUACCACCGAUCCAACUUGAAACCAAUCUCGCAUUCUGACGUUGUUCAAACCCAAAUUGAACCCGUACUAUACAGGUAUAUUCACAUCAGGCUGGGUCUGACACCUCGGGACAUCAAAUCUAAGACCCGUGGAAUCCGUGCCAUACAUCUACACAAG